AUGAUUGAAUUGGAAAAGUUAGAGGCUGCAAACGAGAAGCUUGUAAAUCAGAUAAGAAGCAAGCAUGAGGAAUUCAGCUACUUGGUAGAAGCUCAUGAAAAGCUUCAAAAUAGUCUCAAAUUGAAGGAAAAACAGUGGGACGCUGAGAAAUAUGAUAGAGAUUUAAAGGAAAAAAAUUUAGAGCAUAUGUAUGAAAGUUUGAAGACAGAAAAGGUGAAAGUUGAAGAACAAUUAAAAUUGAAGAUUAGUCAAUUAAGUCAACUAGAAGAAAAUUUUCAAAUGCUUAAAAAUACUCUUCAUGUGAAACAAAAGGAGUGGCAUGUUGAGAAACUUGAUUAUUUGGGUGAGAUAUCGAUCCUGGAAAGGAAGUUGGAUUCUGAGAUGGAAGAAAAGGUGACCGUUAAUGAACAAUUAAGAUUGAAGACUAGUCAAUUAGGUAUACUGGAAGAAAAUUUUCAGUUGCUUAUAAAUACUCGUCAUGUGAAAGAAAAGGAGUGGAAAGUUGAGAAACUUGAUUAUUUGGGUGAGAUAUCAAUGCUAGAAAGGAAGUUGGAUUCUGAGAUUACACCCUUAAAAGAUGUUAAAAAACGAUUGGAGUGUUGUAAACAAGCUCUUGCUUGUGAAGAGAACCAAAGAAUAUGUUUACAGAGUCAGCUUUUAGAAUCAAAAUCAUGCAAUAAAGAUAUAAAGUCAAAACUUGAAAGAUUGACAAUUGAGAAAGAUGGUGUUUGUAAGGAGAUGACAUGCAAGAUUCUUCAAAUCGAGGAAGAAAAUAAAGAAUUGGUUCUUGCUGUCAAGAAACUUAAAGAUUCCCAAUUCCAAGAAGCUGUCAAUUCUUAUAAAAUCACAGAGCUUCUUCAAAACAAAUUUAAUACUUUGGAUGAGAUUUACAAGGGCAAAGAAGCAGAAUGGACGUCUCGGUUAGAUAAACUGAUGGAAGAAGAGCUUUUGUUGCAUGAUCAACUGGUACAAACAAAGAGUUUGCUGAAGAAUGCGUGUGAGUUGUUAGAUACAGCAAAAGAAGAAAUCGUUAAGAGUUCUUCUCGAGUAAAUGAGGUUGAGUUUGAGUUGCAAAGAUGGAAAUCGUUUGCUGAAAAGUUAGAAGCCGAGAAAGCAUGGGUUACAAAUGAAAAAGGUCAAACGAUUAACAAGCUGUUAACAGAAAAAGAAGAGUUGAUAAAUAUGAUAGAUGACAUGCUCCAAUGGAUAGACAAGUUAGCGAGAGAAGAGAGGCAGAUGAUGGGAGCUUUGAGGAGUUCAGCGCCGGAUUUUGAUGAGAACUAG